AUGGCGACAUCUGGAGCUACUCAAACACAGGCGGAACUAUCGCCUAGCGAUGGAAGUCUCUCGCAUCGAGCAGCCGCCCUAAACACAAAUGACACUAUUCUCUCCGUUGAUGAGGCUAUCGACAAUGUCCUGGAAGCAUCCCGGCUAGCUGAUAGUACAGUCCCUGACGGCGGACCAGGAUGGAUCGUCAUUGUUGCAUGUGCCGUUGUUUCGUUUUGGUUCACAGGCGUUAACUACAGCUGGGGAGUCACUCAAGCAGCUUUUGUCGAAUCAGGCUUAUCUUCAGCGUCGACACUUUCUUUUAUUGGCUCUAUCCCACCGACAAUCAUCAGCGCCAUGGCCAUCAUCAAUUCGCGGAUUGUUCGUAUAAUCGGCGCGCGCUCGACCGCCAUGAUAGGCAUCGGCGUUAUCUUCCUCGCGCAGUUGACUAGUAGUUUUACAGUUACUAAUCUAGCUGGUCUGUUCGUCACAGCCGGCGCCAUGCUAGGCUGUGGGAUGAGUCUCUGCUUUACAACGUGCUCCGUCACGCCGGCACAAUACUUCAAACAGAAGCGUGGAUUAGCCAAUGGGAUUGUUUUUGCUGGCGGUGGUCUCGGAGGCGCUACCGUCACCAUCAUGCAGGGCGUCUUGAUCCAACACGUCGGAGUGGCCUGGACAUACAGAAUCAUGGCUUUGGCCACUUUGGCUACAGGAAUGCCGGCUGCGUGGAUGAUCAAGGAACGAAUAAGGGUCCCUACUAUCGGCUUUGUCGAUUGGAGUCUAUUCAAGGACACGAGGUUUGCGCUAAUAUUUGUUGCUGGCGCGAUUGCAACGUUUCCGCUCUUGGUGCCGCCAUUCUUUCUUCCGUUAUACAGUCACUCACUUGGCUUGUCUCCAAAUACAGGGGCAGCACUUCUGGCAGGCUUCAACUUCUCCUCCGCAGCUGGACGUAUCUUGUGCGGAUUUGUCUCAGACAAGCUCGGUCCGCUGAACACUCUAUUUGGCAGUCUUGUAGUAAGCUCGUUGGGGAUGCUGGUUCUGUGGCCAACUUCCACAACCCUCGCGCCUUUGGCCGUUUUCACGGUUCUGAAUGGUACAGCCAAUGGAGGAUUUUUUGCAACCAUACCUACUGCUGUGGGGAAUGUGUUUGGGUCUGUGAGAGUAGCCGUUGCUCUUGGGAUGAUUGUGACGGGCUGGGGUGGAGGGUAUCUUAUGGGAGCACCAAUUGCCGGAUAUCUGUUAAACGCGUACGGCGGCGAAAAGGCAGGAUUGGAAGCAUAUCGGCCUGCGAUGUACUACGCAGGAUCACUUUCUCUGGCUUCUGCUGGGUUGAUAGCUCUGAUGCGACUUCGAAUGGCUAUAUCUUUAGGGACAAGAUUAUGA